AGAAGAAGGUUCUUUCUUUCAGGCGUCGUGAGGCCAGCUAGCGAGUAGCAAGCUAGCCAUGGAUACAAAAAUAUCUGGAAAGAGUUUUCGCGUCAGCGACGGAGACUGGAUUUGCCCUGAUAAGAAGUGUGGAAAUGUGAACUUUGCAAGAAGGACAAGCUGUAAUAGAUGUGGCAGUGAAAAGACAACCGAGGCAAAGAUGAUGAAAGCAGGAGGGACAGAGAUUGGCAAGACCCUGGCUGAGAAGAGUCGGGGCCUCUUUAGUGCAAACGAUUGGCAGUGUAAAACCUGCGGCAAUGUGAACUGGGCCAGGAGGUCUGAGUGCAACAUGUGCAACACUCCUAAAUAUGCCAAGCUGGAGGAGCGAACAGGAUAUGGUGGAGGGUUCAAUGAGAGGGAGAAUGUGGAGUAUAUCGACCGAGAGGAAUCGGAUGGAGAAUACGACGAGUUUGGGAGAAAAAAAAAAAAGUACCGUGGGAAACCUGGGAGCAGGUCUUGCUCGAAGGAGAGUGAAAAGAAGGCGGAACCAGUGAAACCAGAGGAGGAGGAGGAGGAGGAGGAGGAGGAUGACGACGAAGAGGAAGGAGACCUUUCAAAAUACAAACUAGAUGAUGACGACGAUGAAGAUGAUGCGGACUUGUCGAAGUACGAUUUGGAUGCCAGUGGUGAUGAGGGGGAGAAGGAUAAGCCAGUCACAAUGAAGAAGGAUAGCCCCCCGGGGUCUUCCCAAUCCUCCUCGGGCUCCUCCAGCUCUCGGUCCAGGUCCAGAUCCCAAUCUAGAACCUCAUCCAGUUCCAGAUCUCGCUCCAGUUCCCAAGAGCGAGGCCGGUCUCGCAGGUCCAACUCCAGAUCCAGCUCCAGGUCUGGAAAGGGCUCUUCUCCCAGGAAGAGGACUCGCUCGCCCUCUUCCUCGCCAGAGAGAGAAAAGAAGCGCAGUCGCUCCAGGUCCUCAUCUGGAGAGAGGAAAAAAAGGCGCUCUAGAUCACGAUCGUCCGAAAGGCGCCGUGGCCAGUCCUCUGGAUCUUCCCAUUCUGGCUCAAGUUCAAAACAGAAAUAAGUUUAAAGCAGCCCGUAAAACAGGAAAAAGGAAUCUUAAUGCAAAUGGAUGAUGUUUAAAACAACAAAAGAAACAGGACAGAUCCGUUCAUUAUGCUGUUCAUUUUACCAGAGCUUUGCAGUACACAACAAAUAUUUUCCUUAAAAAAAGAAAAUGGUGACAUGUCUCUCUUUUUACCAUUCAUUACUUGCUGCCUUUUUAGAGCUCACUAAGGUCCCUGUCUGUAUCAACUGUGUAACUUUAGGUGUUCAAUAGGCUUAUGGUGUCUGGUCAUUUUUAGAGAAACAGAAUAAUAUUGUGAAGAGUCUACAUCCAUUUUUUAUCCAAACUGCACAAUAUCAUGGCAGGAUACAUUUUAACCCAGUCAUUGUUAGGUUUUGAGAAAUGAAAAUAACAUAGAAUGAACUUUCAUUUUUACCAAGGAUAUUUUACAGAUGUUGGUCUUAACCCCUGAUUUUCAGUGAUUUAGGAACAUUCUUGUGUGUGAAAUUGUGUAAGUGAGGGAAAAAUUACCAACUCAGGUCUGUAAAACCAUCAUCUUGAAAUGUCUAUGGUAUUCACCAAUAAGCUUGCUAAACUAAUUUGAUGUGUUAAGUCUUUUCUAUGUUUUGAGGUAAAGUGAAGGUAAGUAUUUUUCUUUACUUUCUGAUAUUUCUUGUUUUAAAUAAGUGCAAGGUAUUCCGAUGGUGUUGUUUUAGGCUUAGGAAACAAACCUAAAUAAUUUGGAGCUGACUGUUAAGUCAUUCGUUUUACCUCCUUAACCUUCAUUGGUGGCCUAAGUAUAUGUCUUACUGUAAUUCAUGUUUAGGUCCUAUAAAAGCACUCUACUCAACUUUGGUAAGAGUGUAUGUGAAACUCAUAACAGGCUUUUCAUGAAAUUACUUUUUUCUAUUGUGGGAGCGAAAAUAUUUUUGCUUCGUUUCUCUGCUCUGUUGUAUACUCAAAUAGUUCAUGAUUACUGUGCAGUAAGGAUAAUUAAAAAACAAUAGUUUUUUUUUCUCUUCUAAAUGACAGUAUCAAUAGAAUGUGUUAAGGUCUCGAUCACUAAAAACAAACAAAUGUAAGCAGCGUGAAUAAAAUCCUGUCAAUCA